AUGAGGGUUGCGCAAGAGGAGGAAGAGGAAGAAGAAGAGAGGUCGCGUUUUAGAAGAAGGGUGGUUCUUGUACGUCGUCGCGCAGAGGCACAAGAAAACUUGAUGCGAGACUACUUCGCGGAUCAACCGACUUACACCACGAGACAAUUUAGACGGCGGUUUAGAAUGCAUAAGGGUGUAGUUCGAUUGUAUGGUCGUGCAUACCUACGUAGAUCAACAUGGACUGAUCUUCAGCGUAUAUAUGAUGUGCAUGAAAGAGUUCAUGGUUUUCCAGCUUCCUUUUAUGCAAAUGGUAACUUCUACGAGAGAGGGUACUACCUAGGCGACGGGAUAUACCCCGAGUAUGCUACAUUCGUCAAGACUUUUACCGAUCCAAUUGAUGAAAAGAGAAAGCUUUUUAAGAAAAAGCAAGAGUCAGCACGUAAGGGUAUAGAAAGGGCUUUUGGUGUGUUGAAAAAAAGAUGGAAGGUCCUUAAUCAUCCAGCUCAGUAUUGGGACAAGGCACUCAUGCAAGACGUGAUUUAUGCUUGUAUCAUCUUGCAUAACAUGAUAUUAGAGGACGAGGACAAGGCCAUAUGUCAAGACUACAAUCCAGAUGAACCUUCUCUAGUGUCGGACUAUUGGGAACAAAUGACUCCACUCGAACAACGAAUUCAAAACCGCCAUGCUAUUAAAAGCCGAGAAACACACAAUAUGCUUACGGCAGACUUGGUUGAUCAUCUUUGGUCGACCCAAGCACAUGACUUUGAUCCCGAUAACGUGGUCCUCCCGGAUCUCAACGAGUAUGUUAGUUUGGACGAUGAGUAG